ACGAUCAGGUGUUUUGUACAAGUCUAGAAUAACUUAAAAUGUCGUCGCGAAAGUGUAAAUAUGAUGCUGAUGCAUUUUGUUAUAUAUGUGGGCAAUUUAUUAAAGUUCGAGAUGUAAAAUAUGAACUAAAUACAUCUCACGUUCUCUGUGAAGCCUACGAAGCAUAUUUUGACCGUCCUGUUCGGAAUCAAGACAAGACAUGGGCUCCACAUGUUGCUUGUAGUUAUUGUAAAAGAUGUUUGGAAGGCUGGUAUCGAGGUGCGAAAAGGUCUAUGAAAUUUGCAAUACCAAGAAUCUGGCGAGAACCAAAAGACCACGUAAACGACUACUACUUUUGCAUUGUGAAUCCGAGUAAAAGACGUAGAGGUAAAAAUGCAAAACCUAUCGAAUAUCCUGACCUUGAAUCUUCAUCUGCUCCAGUCGCACACAAUCUGACACGACCAGUACCUGAGCUACCGCAGAAAAGUAGCUCAUUUCUUAGUUCUCAUAGAAGUAAUUCCGAUUUUAAUGAUUUGAUUAGAGAUUUAAAUUUGCCAAAACGUAAAGCAGAGCUUUUAGGCUCUCGCUUAAAGCAGUGGUAUUUGCUUGAUGAUGUUAAUAUCACGGAUCAGCAGACUAGGCAUGAAACAUUCUCAACAUUUUUCACAAAAGAAGAUGGACUUUGUUUUUGCAAUGACAUAAAAGGUCAGAAAGAGCCCUUUGAUUUUCUUCUUGAAGGAGAUACCACCAAGGUGCUGGAAUUCAGGAGGAACAGAAUUAUAAUAGGAAACAAUGGUGUAAGAAAACGACCUCUUAAACAGCUCAAGCCUGUGACGCGGUAUUGCCAGGUAAUCUUUUUUACGUAUAUUAACGUUGUGAACGUCAGUUCGGAAACGAAUUCUUUCAUACAAGUACUGUGGUACCCUCUUAUUCAGCACAUGGUGGUAGAAAACAAGGGCAUGCAACCUACGACGUGCAGCCAUACGCAGCCAACCGAUAUCCUCAUAAACAUGAGAUAUUCGAUCGCGAUUUCUCAAACCAGAAAUGAAUCUAAUACAAGAGUUUUGUAGCUUCUGGAUACGGUAUUUGUCACGACCCUUGAGACAAGGUCCGUAAACGACAUCACAAUAAUUAAGAUUAGACAAAACAAGUGUUUCACAGAGCAAUAUUUUUAUUCGUUUAUUAAGUAGGAAACGGUGUUCAUAAAGAGAUUUAAGAGCACAGUACGACCACCGCAUCAUCGAACUAACAUGCUGCGUAAAACGAAGUUCGGAAUCCAGUAUGACACCCAAAUUUUUUGCUUCACUUGAAAUAUUCAAUGGACUAUUUUUAACAAAAAUCUGUAUAUUAUUUUUUAUUCUAUUCCUGCACGCUUUACUCCCGAACAAUAAUAACUUACUCUUAUCGGGGUUAAUAACUAAAUUAUGCCUUUCUGAAAGGCUAACUAGUGCAUCCAGGUCCUGGUUAAUAUGUCUUUGCGCAACAGCAAGAUCUUUUUCAUUAAAAGAGGAAUAAAUCUGAGUGUCAUCAGCAUAAGCAUGAUACUUACAAUGACGCAGACAGUCGUAUAACCGGCAUGUAUACACCGUAUACAAAAUGGGACCCAACACAGAGCCCUGAGGUACACCGGAUACGACUUCAGUGGGUCUAGAUCUGUUUCCAUGUAUCAUGACACUUUGUGACCUACCCGCCAGAUAGUCAGCGAACAACGAUAUCGCACCACACCCAAGGCCUAUGUAGUGCAAAAUACUCAACAACAAUGAAUGAUUAAUAGUAUCAAAGGCCUUGGAGUAGUCCAACAUAACAAGCGCCGACAUCUUCCCCUGAUCAACCGCAGACAACAAGUCGUCAGUGAUAUUCAAAAGCGCUCCACAGCAGCCAUGAUGAGGUCUAAACCCAGAUUGGAAUUCAGGCAAAAUAUUACACGCAUUCAGAUAAUGUCUAAGUUGUUUUGCUAAAAUUUUUUCAAAUGCCUUCGAAAGCACCGGCAAAAUACUAAUCGGUCUUAAAUCCGACACCGCAUUAGGAUUACUUGCUUUAGCGAUGGGUAAAAUGAUCGACUCUUUCCAGCAAGAUGGAAAAACAUGUUCAGUUAUACAAAAAUUAAAAAUGUGUCUGAUGAAAUGUAUGAUCAAGGGAGAACAUAUGUUUAUCAUAGAUAUAGAAAGCUGAUCAGCUCCCUGAGCAUUGGAAGAAAUAGCGCUUAAGGCAUCUCCUACCUCCUCCUCCGUCACCGCAGUAAACUCAAACACAUCCACAGAAUCUUUAACAUUGUUACUAUAAAAAUUUAAAAGGUCUACAUCUGGCAACCCGUCACUUUGUACUGAACAAAAAUAGUUGUUAAUUUCAUCAGCAUCAGAAAGUGAAAGAGGAAUCUCUCUAUUUUUGUUAUAAUGGUUAAAUUAUUUAUGCUUAUGGGAUAGCAGAGCGGAUGCUAAGCAUUAUACUCAACAGUCAUGGCCUGUAAGAACAGAACUUUGUGUCGGAAAAGAAAACGUAAAAUUUGAGCCAAUUGUUGAAGCAGAAAAAGUGUUAAUGCCGCCUCUGCACAUUAAGUUAGGGUUGAUGAAACAAUUUGUUAAAAAACUGGGUCAAACC